GAGACGAGGCCUCCACGCCAGCGAGCCUCCUUUGUUUCCCCCUGCGGCCUCGCGAGAAUCCAAAGUUGUACUUGGCGAAAAAAAAAAAACAGCUCUCGCAAAAUCUCGCUGCCGCUGCCGCUCGCGAGCAAGCUCUACCGCCACUGCCGCGCGGCUGUUCUUGCUUCUCCGGAGGGGAAGGAACCCCGCGGGGAGGGAGCCUUCCACCCUUCGCAAAAGCCACGCGCCACCAAAUCCUCCUUUUCUCCUCAUCUUCCCUCCAUCCCUUCCUCCCUCCGGCCGCGCGUCGCUUUCGCCGCGACCGAAUCGGUGGGGUCGUGUGGGGGGAGGAGAGGGGCGCCAUAAAGGCGGCUGGGGUCGGCGAUGAUGAGCGGCGUUGGAGGAGGCAGAUCGGGCGGGAGGGACGCGGAGGGCGAGUGGGAGGUCCGGCCUGGCGGGAUGCUGGUGCAGCGCAGGGACGGCGACACGGGUCCGGCCGUCAGGCUCAGGGUCUCCCACGGCGCCUCCUUCCGCGACGUCGCCGUGCCGGCGCACUCCACCUUCGGUGAAUUGAAGGGGGUCCUUACCCAGGCAACUGGCGUAGAGCCUGAAAGGCAGAGGCUCUUCUUCCGUGGGAAGGAGAAGAGUGACAAUGAGUUCCUGCAUACAGCUGGGGUCAAGGAUGGAGCAAAACUUCUUCUACUUGAGAAGCCUGCCCCUGCCAAUGUAGAGCAGAGGGCCGAGCCAGUAAUUAUGGAUGAGAGCAUGAUGAAGGCUUGUGAGGCUGUUGGCCGUGUAAGAGCUGAAGUUGACAGACUCUCUGCCAAGGUAUGUGAUUUGGAGAAGAGUGUGUUUGCAGGGAGAAAGAUUGAGGAUAAAGAUUUUGUUGUCUUGACGGAGCUUCUUAUGAUGGAGCUGCUGAAACUUGAUGGCAUAGAGGCAGAGGGAGAAGCAAGGGCACAAAGGAAGGCUGAGGUACGCCGUGUCCAAGGUCUUGUGGAGACGUUGGAUAAGCUGAAGGCAAGAAAUGCCAAUCCCUUCAGCGAUCAAAACAAAUCUGUUUCAGUGACAACGCAGUGGGAGACGUUCGACAAUGGCAUGGGCAGCUUGAAUGCACCCCCACCACGGGUUUCUUCCACACAAAUAAACACCGACUGGGAGCAAUUCGACUAGCCUCGGAUUGCGUUUUCUCAUUGUAUCGUUAACUUGUGAGAUCAGGUAUCUAAAUUCCUUUCACAGGCACACGAUUGUUGUGUAUAUGCAAGAAGUUUGACGCCUAUUGCUAACACUGCCUGUGCAAUGUUAUCGAAUGAUGCAAGUGAUGAAUUGCUUCGGUGAUCUGUUAGGCUGUCA